CGGCGGCGGCGGCCGAGUGGCGCCCGUUUCCCCCGUGGCCAUGGAGCCUGAGACGCGCAGUGUGCAGAUCGAGUUCCCUCACUACGCUGCCGUCCUGCUGGAAUCGCUCAACAAGCACCGCCUGGAGGGCAAGUUCUGCGACAUCGCCAUCCACGUCCAGGGCCGCGUCUUCCAGGCGCACAAGAGCGUCCUGGCCGCCUCCUCACCCUACUUCCACGACAAGCUGCUCCUGCGUGACACCAACUGCAUUGUGCUGCCUGGCGUCAUCGAGCCAGACGCCUUCGAGAACCUUCUGCAGCUCAUCUACUCGGGGCGCCUUAAGCUGCUCCUGGAGGCCUUGCCCAGCCACCUCCUGGUGGCCAGCGGACUCCAGAUGUGGCAGGUGGUGGACCAAUGCUCGGGCAUCCUCAAGGAGCUGGAGGGCAGUGCCUGCCGGCCUUGGUCCAGUCGCACCAGCGAGAGCCAAUCGCCCAGCAGCAGCAACUACUUUGGCUCCAGGGACGAGGCCGAAGCCGAGGCUCCUGGGCGGCGGCGGCGCACCUGCCCUGACGGCGAGGUCCUGAAGAUCCGUGUGCCACCUGACGACGAGGAGGACGACGACGAUGAGGAGGAGGAGCACCAGGCCCAGAUCUGCAGCGGCUCCACUGAUGGGCCGGCGAAGGCUGAGGAGAGCCGAGCCAAGGAGCCGCCCUUCGCCUCAGCACACGAAGCACCCAAGAUCUUCUACAUCAAGCAGGAGCGCUUUGACACCGAGGAAGCGGCCCCCUCGGCCUCAGUGGUGGGCGGGGGCGGCACCGGCUCGUGCCUGUCGGAGGCUGGCUUCUUCAAGUCUCUGGGCAGGCCGCUCGCCGUGUCGGGGCUGUGCCCGGCCGAGAUCCAGGAGAGCGGCGAGGUCAGCUACCUGCUCCCUGGCGCCGCAGCUGCAUCCUCGUCCAGCGGCCCCGGCGGCGGCUUCUCGGCAAAGGCGGACUCGGUGGCCUUCCCCGAGAGCUCAUGGAAGCCUGUGGACCUCCACGGCAACGAGAUCCUGGCACACGCCGUGCAUGGGCAGUUGGUUCACGCGCCCGUCAAGCUGAUGUCUGCGCCCGAUGGGAAGAAGUUUGGCUGCCUGUGCGGGAAGCGCUUUGCGGUCAAGCCCAAGCGGGACCGACACAUCAUGCUGACCUUCAGCCUGCGCCCCUUUGGCUGCUCCGUCUGCAACAAGAAGUUCAAGCUCAAACACCACCUGACAGAGCACAUGAAGACUCACGACGGCAACCUGUACGCCUGCGAGGACUGCGGGCGCAAGUUCCGCGUCCAGAGCUGCUUCCUCAAGCACAAGGAGAUCUGCAAGGGGCAGGGAUGGGCCACCGCCUGCUGGACCUACAAGUAGAAGCGGGGGGGGGGGGAGGCCCACCCAGAG